CAUGUAAGUAUAUAAAUAGCUUUAGUAUUAGUAGAAUAGAAACUCCUCUCCCUAUUAAGCCAUGAAGUUCUCACAGUUCUUCCUUUUCUCCUUUUUCAUCACAGGUAUUUUAUUGAGUAUUCAAGUUCAAGGUUCAAUUCAUCAGCACCAUAAUCAUCAUCACCAUAGCCAUAACCAGCAGCAAAGUGCCAUUAAUGAGCAAAAGAAGCAUCAAAUAAAUGGGUUUAAGCCAACAAAGAUGUUUGUAUUUGGAGAUUCAUAUGCAGAUACAGGGAAUAAUAGGAAAUCUGUGGCUAAUUCUUGGAAACAACCUUAUGGUGUCACUUUCCCCGGCAAGCCGUCCGGCAGGUUUUCCGAUGGCCGUGUCCUCACUGAUUACCUUGCAAAAUUCUUGGGAGUGAAGUCACCAGUACCGUACAGAUGGAUGAAAUAUGCAACAAAUCGAUUAAGUUAUGGGGUAAAUUUUGCAUAUGGAGGAACUGGUGUAUUUGAUACUUUAGUUCCAGAGCCAAAUAUGACAACACAAAUCGAUUUUUUCCAAAAAUUGAUGGCUAAUUCAGUCUAUACGAAGGCAGAUGUGCAGUCUUCAUUGUUCUUGCUUUCUCUUGCUGGAAAUGAUUAUGGUGCUUUCCUUGCUAAUGGUGGUACUCCUCAGGAUUUUCCUGCCUUUAUAACUAGUGUGGUAAAUCAACUCGUUGUAAACAUGAGACGAGUCUACGGACUUGGAGCAAAGAAGAUAGCAGUUACAGCAUUGGAGCCCUUAGGAUGUCUUCCUCAAAGCACAGUUUUGAAUUCAUUUCAACAAUGCAAUGCAACUGAGAACACAGCUGUGGAUUUCCACAAUGCAUUAUUGCAACAAGCUGUGGCAAAGUUGAACAAUGAGACAAAGGAUUCUACUUUUGUCAUUCUUGAUCUUUUUACCUCAUUUACUACUGUGUUGGAACGCAAAGGAGUGCCAGCAGGAAGUACAAGGUUUGAGACACCAUUGAAACCAUGUUGUAUGGGAAUAAGCAAUCAAUAUUCAUGUGGAAGUAUGAAUGAGAAAGGUGAGAAGAUGUACACAGUGUGUAAUGAUCCAAAAUCUGCAUUUUUCUGGGACAGAGUUCACCCUACAGAAGCAGGAUGGCGUGCUGUUUAUACUGCUUUAGAAUCAACUCUUACUCACAAACUUUUUUUACCUUUCGUUUAGGUUUUGUUGUUUGGUGUGUUAUGUAAUUUCUAGCUUUGAAAGUUUGUUUUAUAUGUUUGUUGGUAUGUUUUAUUAGGCCUAGAGUCUCUUUUUGUACUUUGGAGUCCAACAAAAUAAAGGCUUCUACCACUUUGCUGUUCCAAAUUUUUGUCCGGUUUUUUCA